CAGCUGAAGCCAUCAGUCACUUUCUAGUUGUCCUGCAGUGUACUUCCUAGGAAAUAAAAAAUGAAGAGCAUUCUCGCGGUUAUCUUAGCAAUUGCGCUAAUAUCAGAAGCUAAAGUCGCCCCGGAAAGUACCACGAACUCCCAAGGAACUCCUGAACUUCAGUUGAGCGACCUCAUUAGUCAGGCCCAAGCAAAUAUCAACAAUCUGGCUAAACAGAUCCAAGAACAGUGGAAUUUACCCGACCAGGAAACCAUUGUCAAAACAGUUAAGGAACAAAGCACUAACUUUGUCAACAAUAUCCAAGAAUAUGUGAAGAACAUGACUGAAGAGGUGAAAAAUAAAAGCCCCGAGCUGGAAAGAGCGUGGAAUGACGUUAAAGGAAAACUGAAUAAGGUUGUCGAAGAUAUUAAUAGCGGAAUCCCAAAUGCUCAGCAACAGGUGGCUGAUUUACAGGCCAAGUUUCAACAAGGUGUUCAAACCGUACUGAAGGAAACCGACAAUGCCGCAAAAUCUCUAAGCCAACAAUCCGGAAAAAUUCAGGAGGACUUCGCUAAAUUCACGAAACAGGCGGUCGACAUUGCCGUGGAAGCUACACAGAACCUAAAUAAUCAACUUCAAGCCGCGGCUAAAAAAAACCAAUAAAUCAUUAUGUGUACUGAUACGACUAGAACGAGUGUAUUAAUUGAGUGAAGAGAAGAAUAACAAAAUUUCUCGAAAAGUAUUUUCUUACGAUUUCGUCGUGACCAUGACAACAUCAAUUUUUCUUCUUUUUUUGACAAUGUAUUAUAUAUUUAUAAAUUAAAUACAUUUUAUGAAUAACC